AUUAAUUGUAACACCAUGUAUUUCAACAAAUAUAUCAUAGAUAUGAAAAAAUAACCGUGCCGAUAAAAAUCACAGUCUACGGAUAAAUGUUGAACUUCAUUGUACUUACUGAAAAUGUUAAGCUUCGAUGUGUUAUCCAUAGUAAAAUAUUUCUAUAUUUUGUUUAACGUUGGAUAUAGCCUCCAGGUAAGAGAUUAUACUCGUACAAUAAAGUAUUUGAUUUAAGGUGCUUUGGGGUAAUCACUACUGCAGGUAAAUUCCGAAAAUUACAGUUAACAAGCAUAAUGUUUAUUUUAAAUAAUUUGAAGUUUUUUCAUCUAUAAAAAGUCAGUUUAUUUGUCAACUUUAUCAACAGUUGAUAAAAACAAUGCUCGAUUUUGUGGUAAUUCGUCUUUUUCGGAAUUUUCCCGCUUUCGUUAUCAAAACACUAUACCAGUUUUUCCAUAUUCUAUUUAAAUUGUGUAUCUUCAGAUUUGCCCUGAAGAGGUGACUGGUUCAGGGAUAAAAGUGACUUGGCACCAAAGUCCUACAGCAAGCAAUAUACAGUCAGAUCCAUUGUGUUUCUUUAACGACACUCUGAUAACAAGGAACUGCACGGAUGGUGAAUGGAUACCUGAUGUAUAUCAACUGCAAUCAUGUGAUAAAGCCGUCAAAUAUUUAAAUUCUCUCUCUUGUCCAGCGGGCUUUCAUAAAAUAUCUGAAAACAACAACAAAUAUUGUUAUAGAAUAGGCAAACCAUCUGUUUGGAAUAGUCCGUGUUUUGGAAAUGGAAGCGCAACUGUUAUUACCGAUUUAAAUAGAAACGAUAGCGAAUCUUUGAUAGAUUCGCUGAAACGUUCCAACCACAAAUUGUUUUGGUUACCCGCUAGACGUCAAAAAAUAUUUGCCCCUGUUGUAUGGCACAUCCCUGGUCCAAAUUGGGGACAAACAGUGAUAGAAAAUAGUCAAAUACCCUUUAGACCGAGCGUUUUAAAAAACUGCUUAUUAUUAGAUACUGAUAAUAAAGCGAUGAGAACAGAAACAUGUAACUUGGAGCAUCCAACUCUGUGUUUGUAUCUUAACGAUCUUAAUUACCCUGCAAAAUGUCCAGAAGGAUAUUAUGCUUUUCGCCAUAUGUUUGAUGAUGGAAGUUGUUAUGGAAUAGAAAAAUCUAACAAAAGCUUAACAUAUAAAGAUUUCAGCAAGCAAUGUAAAAAACCAAUGGGACAAGGCGAUAACAUGGAUUCAAGGAAGUUGAUUUUUACUAAAGUAGCUGAACUAAUUCACAUGCCCAAUUAUUCAUGGUGCUGGUUUUCGUCAUUCACUGAAAACCAUAAAUAUAUUAAUUCAAAUAACAAUACAGAUAUUGAACCAUUUAUAUAUAAAGAAACUACUUCACAUAUGAAAAACAUUAUCAACAACGUAGGAACGAUAGCUUUAUUAGAUUCAUCAAGUACCUUAUCAUGCAUGGCUUGUGAGGCUGACAUUAUAUACGGUGAAACAGAACUAUUCUUUGAAUAUGACAUCAUUAAGAAUAAAAUAUACCUGACCAUUUAUUUUCCUUCGGGUCUAUGGAAAUAUAAUCAAAAUGAUCGAGGUGUACAGUGCUUUUCUGAUGCCAAAGGAUUUUUCAAAGUCAUUGAAGUCUUUGAAACAAUAUCCCACGUAACUUGCAACAAUUUAUCAACAAACUUAUCUUUCUCUUCAGAAAAUAAGUUUAUAGAAAAAUCAAUAUACGAAAUAAAUUUAGUGACUGACAGAUCUGCCAGUUAUUGGUGUGAAGGUCACACCAAAAAUUUUUCACUAAUUACUACAGAAAAAAUAGUUGUCAAUCCUCAAGGAAGGCAAGUUCAUGUAUUCUCCCUAGUUAUGGAAAUAUUUAUUUGUUUAGAUGAAAUUAACGAUAUUAUGCAACUUAAUUCAAUAGGAUUAACAGAAAAUCUAAAUGAAAUAUUACAAGCUGAAAAAGUGAUAAUAAUGGAUGUUUUAGACUAUAAAAUGAAUACUAUGCAAGUCGUCUUGCAUGUUCAUGUAUCUAUCAAUGACACCUACAAAAUUGAAGCUCUUAAUUUACUUGUCACUUAUCACAAUUUAUUGCAUAAGAUAGACACGAAAUUUCCAUCGUAUAACUAUACUUUAAUUAAUAUGUCAAGUUCAGUCUACUGCUUACCAGCUAUUUCACAAGAUUCUAUACCAUUAUAUUGGGACUUAACUCCUAUCGGCCAUAUUGCAGCUCCAAAACAAUUCUGUUUGCAAAGUAACGGCCUUCCUGUUAACAGACAUUGUUUUGGAUCUUAUCUUCUUGGAAGUUUUUGGGGAAUGGUUAAAGGUCGAUGUGACAAAAGUUAUGAACCAUCUAUAACAACAACUUUAUUGUUUAAUUUCAUACAAGGCAAGUUGGAAAAUGAAUUUGUUACUCGUUUUCUUACAAGUGGAUUACAAAAGGUAUUAGGGAAUACAGAUAUAAUAAUUCCAGCCGACAUAUAUUAUUUAUCAAUAUCUUUUCAGCAAAUUUUAAACAUUGCUCAUAAAAAUGAAACUUUUGUAGAAACUGGAGAUAUACAAAAUAUAGCCUGGGCAGUAGAUAGGAUAAUGGCCGUUAAUAAAAAUAACUUACGCUUAGCUCAAACCCUGAAUUCCACGAAUGUAAUAUUAGAUUCCAUUAACGAUAUCAUUACAAUGAUAAGUCGUGAAAGUUUUAAUUCAUUCACUAAUAAAACAAUAAAAAAAUAUAAUGCAUACCAACUCGCUAUUGAACCACGUUUUGUUGUACAGAUAUCAUAUCCUAGACUAACAAAUAUCACAGGUCUGGCGAUUAUUAACAGUGAAAACUCGGACCAGUUUAAUGAAAUGCAAAUUACGCCGUUAUAUGAAAACAUGACACUAAAAGAAGUUUUAUCAAUUGAACAUUUAGAAGUGGCGACAUGGUUCCCAAAUAUUGCAAUAAGUAAUUUACAAAACAAUUCAAAUAAAGACGAAUACAUGCAUAUGGUAAUAAAUGUAUUUUCAGAAGAUGUAAUAUUUCAGCAACUAAAUAAAACUAGUUAUGUAAUUAAUAGCCGCAUAAUCGAGGUUGAAAUACCAGGCUAUUCAACAAAUUCCGAGUUUUCUAUACCGAUCAUAUUUAAAAAUAUAAAUCAUACAGCUGGUAUCGUGUCAAGAAUGUGUGGUUAUUGGGACUUUCAUAGUAAUACCGGCAAUAUUCCAGGAAAAUGGUCAGACCGUGGUUGCACAUUAAUAGCAAACGUUAAAAAUAUGACGAUAUGUGAAUGUUAUCAUCUAACACACUUCGGGCAGUUAAUAAAUAUUAAUAUCGAUAGGGAUUUAAAAGAUACGAUUAUUGUAUCAGGACACCAAAAAGCAUUAAAUAUUAUAACGCUUAUUGGUAGUAGUUUAUCUAUUACGGGCAUCAUAGGUAUUUGGAUAACAGCUAUCGUUUUUGAUUUAUGGAGGAAGAAAACAGGAACAAAGGUUUUAUUACAACUCUCAACUGCUAUCGCUUUACCCUUAAUAUUGAUAGUUUUCUUUAAUGUCGACAAUUCCUUUAUUGUAGAAAUGCAUGACAUAAACCAAAAUUCUCAGCACUUGAAAAUCAUCUGCAUAAUUUUGGGAGCAAUUUUCCACUAUUCUGUAUUAACAAAUUUUAUGUGGAUGUUGAUUACUGCUAUACUACAAUUCCUUAGAUAUGUUAGGGUUCUUGGUGUUUCUAGACCAUCUAAAUUUAUGAUUAAACUAGCAUUAAUAGGGUGGGGUUUGCCAAGUAUACCAGUAAUCAUCGUUUUGAUUCUAGACAGAGAAAAUUAUAUUCCUCGCCCAGAUUCAGAACGUCGCAUUUGUUAUCCAAGUGGCAUCUAUAUGAUGUUAGGUGUAGUAUUGCCUGUGUCUUUGAUUUUAAUUGUGAACAUAAUUUUAUUUAUAUCAGUAAUAAAAGCUAUUUCAAGAAAAUCAGAUAUGCGUACCAAUGACAGAAGUUUAGUAUGUGCUCAAUUCAGAUUGUCAAUAUUUUUAUUUUUCUUAUUAGGAUUGACCUGGGUAUUUGGUAUAAUGUCGUUUUCAGGUAGUGUUAUAUGUUCAUAUAUCUUUUGCUUGACAUCUACUGUUCAGGGUUUUGUUUUGUUCAUUUAUUUCAUUAUAUGUGAUCCAUCGACAAGAAAUUUAUGGGUCACUGUUAUGAAACCUCAAUUCCUAUCUUCAAGAAACAGUAUUACCACGAUAAGUAGUGGGUGAUAUAAGAACAGAAAUAAAAAAUAUUACACUUUCAUAGAAAAAAACAGUUUUCUAUGAAAGUGUUAUAUAAAGUAAUAAGCUGUUUAUUUUAAUAACAAUAUAUAUUUAUUAGUACCAAUUUGAUCUAGAUAUAAUUAUUUUUAAACUUUAUCAAUAUAGAAAAAAAAAGAAAGGUAUUAUAUUAAAAGAUUAACAUAGCAUGUAGUUGGCGCAUGCUCUAAUAUCAAUUCAGUAAUAAUUAUAUUUAUCAUUAUUGAUUUCUUUAUUCUUUAUUGAUAAUUAAUGUGUUUAUUUAUAGAAGUGUAAAAACUAUUUUAUAAUAUUAUAAGGGAAUACAAUUUUUUAAGUAAAUUUUGUCAUCAGUAUGAGUUGAUAAAUUCACUCUAGGCAUUUCGAUUGAAAAUCAGAGGAUGUUAAGUGAAUCUGGAAUUCAAAUAAAGAUUUGUUUACCCAUCUGGUCUUUCAUUAUCAUUGUACACCCAGUAGGCAUCUAGUUACAACGUUCACAAUAAAAAAAAAGACAUCCAAAUUAACAAUUUGAUAUGUAUGCUCAUAUUCUAAUCCUUUUUUUGACUGGUAAGUUUAGAUAUUACUGUUUUUCUAAGUAUAAACUUAGUCAAUGCCUAUUUAAUUAUAUUUCAUUUUAUUAUCUUAG